CAUGGCGGCAACAACGUCGUCUGCAUUGUAAACCACGAAUCCUUCGUAUCUGUUCCUCCUUAUCGGUCCUUCCAGAAAUGGUUCUGAAGUUUGCAGCUAAUAUCACCACUAUGGUGAAAGACGUAGCGUUAACGAGCCGCUAUGCUCUGUUCAAGGACUUAGGAUUUCGCGCAGUUGAAUGCCAAUUCCCUUACGAUGUACCAGUUGAAGAGAUACAGCGAAGCAAAAAUGACGCCGGUGUUGAACACGUCUUAAUAAACUCCUUCCCAGGAGAUUUGUCGAAGGGACAGCUUGGAUUUGCUGCUCUUCCUGGACACGAAAAUGAUUUCAUCCACAGUAUGGAACUGACACUCACGUAUGCUCGGGCUCUAGGAUGCAAGAAGAUUCAUGUUAUGGCAGGUGUAACGGCGGACGGAAGUAACGCAACACAAUGUGAAGACGUAUACAUAAAAAAUUUGACAAAGGCUGCCGAAAUGUUGGAAAGAGAAAAUAUAAUUGGUGUCAUUGAACCACUAUGCAAAGAAGUCAAGCAAAACUAUUUUCUGAACAGUUAUGCUCAAGGUAAAAAAUAUGUCACACAAAUUAACCACAAGAACAUACGACUGCUUCUGGAUGUCUUUCACAUGCAAAUGAUAUCUGGAAAUCUAACAAACACUAUCAAAGACAUCAUGCCCAUUGUCGGUCACGUUCAGAUAUCACAAGCACCUAAUCGCCAUGAACCAAAUGCUCCUGGUGAGAUAAACUACUGUUACGUGCUUGACCUUAUCAACGACCAUGGAUAUGAAGAUUGGAUCGGGUUGGAAUAUUUCCCCAAAAGCACUACGGUCGAGAGCAUGUCGUGGCUUAAAGAAUUUGGCUAUGCUCUAUAAUUGAAAUUUUAUAAGAAGCAAACUGGCUAUCUACGUUGUAUCGUCACAUCGUUGUUACUUUGAGAGAUAACAAAUAUAUACAAUAUUUUUAUGGCA